AAAAAUAUUCGAAAACGUUCAGUUUACUACACAGUACACUACAUGAAUUGAAAUAUUAAAUACUUAAUGCUGAAUAAUAGUUAAUAGUGUUGAUAUAUCUUAAUUCAUAUUCCAUAAUAAUCAUCCAUUCAUUGCUCUCUUUAACUCAUUCUGUUUGAUUUGUGGAUCUCAUUAACUGAAGAAUCAUAUAUAUUUGUAACCAGUAGCUAUUAGAUUUUUUUAUACGCUAUUUACGUUUUAAUAAACAUAACUCCUCAGACUAACACACAUAUACCUCAAGUAAACUUGUGUAGUACCAUGGACAACGAAAAAGAAGGACCUGUGUUCAAAGUGCCAAAAUUAUUUGGUCCCAGACCUGGCACCAAAAAACCAGUAAUAUGUGAGGACAACAUAAGCAACGACAGUGAUGUGGCUUCGACAACAAAUGUGGCGAUAAAUACUCAAGUUAGUGUUGAACAAAAAAUAGAACAACCAAAAAAAGUACCCAAGGCAACUUCUCAAAUUCCUAUUCCGUAUGAAGAACCAUCAUGGGGUGGAAAACCUGGAGAUAAAUAUUUUUUAGAGGAGUUAAAAUCUGGUGUAAUGUUAAGUACAAUACAACUAGAAAGCCGAUCAUUUCAUUGCUUUGGACGUUUAAAUAAUUGCCAUGUCACAAUGGCACAUCCAACAAUCUCACGUUUUCAUGCAGUCCUACAGUAUCGUUCAACUUUUUCUACCAGCGAUGAAAAUAGAGGAUUUUAUUUAUAUGACUUGGACAGUACACAUGGAACAUUCUUAAAUCGUUUAAGAAUUAAGCCUAAAACUUAUGUAAAAGUUCAUGUCGGUCAUUUGAUUAGUUUUGGUGGUAGUACUAGAAUGUAUUUGUUGCAAGGCCCCACAGACGACGAAGAAAAAGAAUCUGAAUUAACUGUUACUGAAUUAAAAGCUAAACGACAAGCAGAACUUGAACAAAGAGAAAGAGAACAAGAGUUGCAAAGACUAAAAAGGGAAGAAGAAGAGAGAAAAAAAAUGGAACAGGGUGUUGAUUGGGGAAUGGGAGAAGAUGCAAAUGAAGAAGAAGAUACCAAAGAAAAUCCUUUUGCUCCUAAAGAAAAUGAGCAAUUAUAUUUGGAUGAUCCUAAAAAAACAUUGAAAGGUUGGUUUGAACGAGAAGGGCAAGAAUUGGAGUAUGAUGUAUCAGAAAAAGGAUUUGGAACAUUUACAUGUCGUAUAGAAUUACCAAUAGCAAACAUUACAGGAAGGCCACAAAUUGCUGAAGCUACAAUAAGUGGUAAAAAAAAAGAAGCAAUUGCACAUUGUGCAUUGGAAGCAUGUAAAAUUUUAGAUAUGUAUGGACUUUUAAGACAAUCUACACAUGAAAGUAGAAAGCGCAAAGAAAAAAAUUGGGAAGAGGAAGACUUUUACGACAGCGAUGAUGAUAAUUUCUUAGAUCGUACAGGAGAUAUUGAUGCAAAGCGCAAAAAAAGAAUGAAAAAAUUUGGUAAAACUGCUGAAACCGUCGAUACUUAUGAAACAUUGAUGGAGAAACAUAAACUUCUAAUUGCUGAUCUUAAACACAACAAAAAUAAAUUAAACAGAUUAAAUAAAAAUGUUACUAAAGAGUAUGGUGAAACUAAUGACGAAGACUCUUUAGAGUCUUAUAUGUCUGAUCUCAGAAAUUAUAAAACUGUUGAUAAAAUUGAGAUCAAAAGAUUGAAAAUUAAAAUUACCGAACUACAAAUAGAAGAAGAGAAAUUAAGAAAAAUUAUUAAUAUUGUACGACCAACUACUUUACCAGAACUAACAAAACCUCAGAUAGAAUAUACACCCAAAGUAGAAGAAGCGGUUAAAGUAAAUCCAAAACUUAAUAAUGGUCCAUCGCCUAUAACUUCAACAAUACCAAAAGAAGUAAAAAAAAUUGAUACAAAAAUAAAACCCAAUGUUGAAGAAAAAGUAGAAGUCAUUAAUAAAGAAAAAGUAGAAGUCAUUAAUAAAGAAAAAGUAGAAGGCAUAAAUAAAGAAAAAAGUGACUUAAAUGAAGCAGAAGAAAAAGUGUUGAAAGAAUUGAAAGAAGCAGAGAAGAGACAAAAACAGUUAGAGAAAAAAGAUAAAAAAAUAAUAGCUAAAACUUUGGAGAAAGACAAAUUGGAAGAUUUUGGAAACAUGAUUUGGAAACCACCAGCUGAUCAAACUGGAGAUGGACGAACUAGUCUAAAUGAAAAAUAUGGUUAUUGAUAUUAUAUUUUAAUUGUUCAAAGAUUAAUUACAUGUAAAUAUUGCUUAUGAAUAAAUACAAAUUUAAAAUUA